GCUGUUUAGUACUUCGGCAUUCGCUAGUUUUGGAGAAUACAGAUUAUGGGAAUAGUUAGAGAAAGGGACGAUCAUCACCAAAAUACUCCAGAGAACUUCGCGAUUGUUGAAACAGGAAUUUACAGGUGCAGCUUUCCAAAUUCUUCUAAUUUCUCAUUCAUCGAGACCCUAAACCUGAAAUCGAUUCUAUGUCUGUGUCCCGAACCAUAUCCCGAAGAGAAUAUAAAGUUUUUACAGUCUAAGAACAUUAAGCUUUUUCAGUUCGGCCUUCAGGGAACUAAAAAAGAGUCGGUUUCUGAAGACACGGUCACGGAAGCUGUAAACGUGUUGCUUGAUGUUAGAAAUCAUCCAAUUUUGAUUCACUGCAAACAUGGAAAACACAGGACAGGUUGUGUUGUUGGUUGUUACAGGAAAGUGAAGAACUGGUGUUUGUCUUGUGUGCUAAAAGAAUACCAGCGAUUUGCUGGUGAGAAAGCUAGGCCAAGUGAUAUGACGUUUAUUGAGAAUUACAAUGCUAGUUCAUGCCUUGGUCAGAGGUUUUACAGUGCAAUCAGCUACGGGCAGCAGUGCUUGGUUUACCAAGAAGAGAUGGAGAACAACAGUGCACUGGCAGCCGCGACCGCUGGUGGUGCCAUUUGCAUCGCACUUUCGCUUACUUUAACCAUGAAUUGCAAAAAUUUGAGUCGAUGAGUGAAAAUAUACAUAUGUAACUUGAAUUUUAAGAGGCUUGUUUUGUUUUUGUUUAA